AUGUCUACCGGAGACCCUGGGUCCCCACUGCCGGCACCGCCACCACCGGUAUCCGCCACCAGCGUCCAGCCCCCCGCGACCGGAUCCCGAUAAGCUCGAAGAAGACGCAAGUCACGGGCCCCGCCACCGCCGCACCCAACUAUGCUGCCGCUGCGAGUCAGAUGGCGACUCAAACACCUGAACAACAGAAACAACAACAACAGCGUGCCAAGGCUCUGGGCAGCCUCCUACAAGCCAUGGGUGCUGUACCCGGAAACCGCAUGGAUCGCUGGGUCCAGGCCAUCUACUUCGCCGAACUCUACCCCGUCGCCACCGUCACAUCGCUGAAAUUUUCGGCCUUGAACGCGAACCGGUCCGUCGAGAACAUCUUCGAUUACGCCCUUGAAGUGACUCUGUCUCACCAGAGCGCCUCGCGAGCGACUCAUGCCGACAAGAUCGAUCUCGUGGCCUGCGUCACGAGGCUGCUAUCGCCCAUCUCUCCUAUCUGCUUUGAGCCUGGAGUUCCUCUGCCGGACCAUCUUGCGGCUUAUCAACCACAGAUCUUAGGCGUACAACAUUCAUCAAUCCUGCGUAAUGGGGCGGCUCACCAUCGCGUUACGGUUGGGUUCGUCACCGGCGAGGCACGUGACGCGGCGCUCACGACGCCCCCCGCUCUCACUUGGCGAUCGGCGAAGGCCCGCUUCGCGAAGUCUCACAGGUUCCACCAUAACAUGGUCGAGCUUCGAAUCAACGUCGGUGUUCAAGGAGUGCCCUCCAUGGAUGCCAUCAUCAAUCGUUCCAAUCACUUGUGCAAGACUGUCAGGCAAGGGACAUUCAUGCCAACUUGUGCAGGUUCUGCGCGUUAUCAGCGUGGACAACGCCUCGGCCUUCGCCCACGUUGCCGGAGACUACUCGGCUUUCCUACACUUCGAUGACGACUCCCUAUUUCAACGCCCCAACACGACCUUGAAGGAGAUUCUACCUUCGAGGAUCGACCUUCCCACUCGAGGCAUCCCGGUUACCGCCCUUCGCCAUGACUAUGAGAAGGAGGCGGCUUGCGGUAGGUGCCACUUUGUGGGUCACGUGGAACCUGCGGACUGGAUCAGGAGAGGAAAGCGGAAGGAGGCUCACAACGGCAUCAUCAACAGCAACAAAACACCAUCACCCACACACCAACAUCGCGGAGGCCGAGGCCCCCAUUCCUGUGCUGGUUGUUAA